GCCCCCAAGACACCAUGAUGGCCAUGCGUGUGCUGACCAAGCGCCUGCCUGUGCGCCGCCUGCAGACCUCGGCGCUGCGUGCGCUGUCCACGGAGGCGCCUUCCGCCGGCGCGGCUGCUGCCGGCGCGGCUGCUGCCGAUGCGGCCGAGUCUGCCGCCGUUGAGAAGCCCGAGGAGAUCAAGCAGGAGGACCUAGGCAACCUGGCUGGCGUCCCGAUCUCGCAGGUGACGGCCGACCACCGCCUCAAGUUCUUUGCGUUCGCCAAGGAGCAGCAGGACGAGCUCUUCCCCGAGGGCGUCGGCCGCCGCAUGGAUGAGACCUUCGACCUGGUGGGCCACCGCCACAUUAUGCUGCGUGACACGACGCUGAAGAUCAUCUCGGCCAUGAAGGACUGGGAGACGGCCAAGAACGAGUCGGCUGGUGCCUACCUCAUCGACGGCGAGCGCGGCACGGGCAAGAGCUUCGCGCUGCACCAGAUCGUGCAGUACGCGCGCGAGAGCAACUGGGUGGUGCUCUAUAUCCCCAACCCGCGCUCGUGGUGCCACGAUGCCCCGUACGUGAUGCAGUCGCCCUACCAGGAGGACAAGUUCGACAUCGACGUGUAUGGCGUGGAGCUGCUGCAGCACUUCCUGCACUGCCACGGCGAGCAGCUGCGCUCGAUCCCCGUGCGCGGCAAGUACGCCGACCGCUACUACCCCACGGACAAGUACGAGUCCAAGCCCAAGAGCGAGGCCGACUACAAGGAUGCCGCCCUCACGCUGCGCGAUGUGGUUGUCAGCGGUAUCCGUGACGAGGAGCUUGCGUGCCAGGCCGUGUGCGACCUGAAGGAGGAGCUGGCGCAGACCACGGAAUUCUCCGUGCUGAUCGCUAUCGACGACUACAACACGUGGUUCCAGAAGACCGUCUUCGGCUACGAGGGCAAGGACGUGGAGGCCGACGACAUUUCGGUGAUCGCCGCCCUGAAGGACAUUGGCGCCAAGGGCUACGACGAGUCGCGCAAGCUGAAGAACGGCCUCUUCGUCGCCGCCGUGACGGAGAACUUCCCCACGAAGGUGCACUUCAAGCAGCAGGUGGACUACCGCAAGAUCCGCGCCACCAUGCACACGUACUCGGCCGAAGAGCUCGCCACCGUCGUGUCGUACUACAACCAAGUCAGCUUCCUGCACGACAAGCCCACGGACUCGCAGCUCGCGUACUUCCGGCUCAUGACCAAGUCGCUCCCACUCCACGUGUUCGACCGCGCGUCGUUCUCUUAG